AAUAUUCGCAAAUUGUCAAAAGCAUGUCAUGUUUUCCAAUUACAACCGCUUAUUCGGUUGACGUGGCCAAAAAAAAUGAAAGAAUGUAUCCAAUUCCUCAUUGAAUUCUUCAUAUUCUUGGGCACUUGUCCUUCAAGAAUCUCUCCCUUUAGACAGACAGCAACCUGGAUUAUUAACGAAGUAGUUAUUAAACUUUUCUCUUCAUUGAGCUCAAUGAGAGUUAUCUAUCAUCAUCUUUCAAUCUUUCUUUUUGUUUUAGUUUAUGAUCGAUCUCAAUAACUUCUUGAACAAUUCUUGGGAAAUUUGGUCCUCCCUCUAGACAAUUCUGCAUAAAAUGACGGUUGAGAUGUGGAUGAGCAGCUAUUCAAAUUCCUACGAUAUGGCCGAAAGAGAAACCAAUAUUGGAAUGAUCGAUUAUCUUGGAUCAAAGAAAGCCAAAGGAGUAAUACUUUACUCUAUUACUAGUUAUGCGAGAGGGGAAAAAGAUGUGGCCAACGGCUAUUGGUUCUGGCUCCCCCUUCUUCACGCUGCUUAAAGCUCUUAUAUGUGGGUCACACGUGUGUAGAACUCAUUGGUUAAAUAUUUAAACAACCUGGAGUAAAACCCCUAAUGUCGUAGAUAAUGACUAUAAGAGAUAAUUUGUUAGCCUAGAGCUUCGUUGAGUGAAAAACCAAACUUCGUAUAAAUCUCCAAAGCAUAAAUCGUUUUAGGGUUUUUCUAUACGUCGAUCAUGGAUUAUUCCGAUGAUGAUGGCAUGGUCGAUACUGAUUCAGGUGAGGAGAGUUUAUUGAGUGACAACCAGGUAGGUUCCGAUUAUGAAUUCACCGAUCAAGACGUGGACAACGCUUCAACAUACAAACGAUCUCAGAUAAGUUACUUGGUUCUCAAGGAAGAAGACGUUCGCAAGCAUCAAAGGACCGAUAUUGAACAAGUUUCCACGGUUCUCUCGAUAAGCCAAGUCGAAGCAAUCGUUCUGCUUCUUCACUACCAGUGGAAUGUUAGUAAAGUCGAAGAUGAAUGGUUUACGGACGAAAAGAAAGUCCGUGAACUCGUUGGUAUGUUGAAGGAGCCUGUAGUUGAUCUUAACGACAGAGAAGUGAAUAUUGAAUGUGGAAUUUGCUUUGAUUCAUAUACUCAGAAGGAAGUGACAACACUUUCUUGUGGUCAUCCUUAUUGCAAUGUUUGUUGGACUGGUUACAUCACUACGACAAUCAAUGACGGUCCGGGAUGUUUGACAGUUAAGUGUCCUGAACCUUCUUGUUCUGCCGUGACAGCAUGUCAAUAUAUGGUCGAUAAGGUAAUAACCGAUAAGGAACUUAAGGAGAAGUACUAUAGAUACUUUGUUAGAUCUUAUGUAGAAGCUAGCGGAAAUAAGAUUAAAUGGUGUCCAUCACCUGGAUGCGAAUACGCGAUUGAUUUUGCAAGUGGAAGUAGAAGUGAACACUACGAUGUUUCUUGUUUGUGUUCUUAUGAAUUCUGCUGGAACUGCGGUGAAGACGCUCACCGUCCUGUGGAUUGCGACACAGUGUCAAAAUGGAUAAGUAAGAACACUGAUGAAUCCGAGAACACGAACUGGAUACUUGCGAAUACAAAGCCUUGUCCUAAUUGCAAACGUCAGAUCGAGAAGAGCAUGGGAUGUAACCAUAUGGGAUGCUCGAUUUGUAAACACAGUUUUUGUUGGAAUUGUCUUGGUCCAAUGAAAGGUCACAGGAAUUGCCACAAGUUUAAGGGUGGUAAUGAGACUGAUGUUAAGAGAAAAAGGGCGAAAAGGGCAAUCGAUAGAUACAUGCAUUAUUAUGAAAGAUGGGCAAGCAACCAAUCUUCGAGGCUAAUAGCUAUGGCAGAUUUGAAGAAAUUGCAGUCGGUGCAGCUUAAGUGGCUUAGUAUCAGACAAGGCACAACAGAAUCUCAGCUCCAGUUCACAGUAGAGGCAUGGCGUCAGAUCAUUGAAUGUAGAAGGGUUUUGAAAUGGACAUAUGCAUAUGGAUACUACCUUCCUGAGGAGGAACAAACCAAGAAAGAGUUUUUCGAGUAUUUGCAAGGGGAAGCUGAAGCUGGUUUGGAGAGGCUACAUCACUGUGCAGAAGAGGAGUUGAAACAUUUUGUCUUCGAAACUCAAGAUUCAUCCAAAAAUUUUGGUGACUUCCGGAGGAAGCUAACUGGUUUGACUGAAGCAACCAAAACUUACUUCGAAAAUCUAGUGAAAGCUUUGGAGAAUGGUCUUGCUGAUGUAGCACUUAGUGAGAGCAGCAAAUCAAAAACAAAAUCGAAACCUGCUACCAAAAGACGAAAGCUGAAGUGAGAACGGUAUGAGGUACGAUCCAUCUUGUUUUAUCUGUUCUAUGUUUUUUUUUUUGCUGCCAUGACCGUAGAGUUUGUGAUAAUUUUUUACCUUUAUUCAAAUAUUUUUCUUUAGAAUAAAAGAUGCAUUUGUUAGCUUGUUAUGAUAUCUUUUUGAGGCAACAAGAAUAAAGAGCUUUCUUGCUAGUUAUUAUAUC